UUUCUGCAUUAACAGCAUCUGGUCUUUCUGCUUUUACAACUUCUAGUUUUAGGCGUUAAAGUUGAAUUGGUCAAAUUAAGAAAGCAGCUAGCUAGCCCGCAACAGCGACAUGGCAGGCACCGUGGCUCGCCGAGGCUCUCGGAAGGAAGAUCUCGACUAUAAGUUACAUUUCCGAAUGAUAAACGAGCAACAAGUGGACGAUAUCUGUUUUGAUUUCUUCUAUAAGCCACACACCAUCACACUCCUGACAUUUACUGUGCUCAGCCUCAUGUACUUUGCGUUUACCAGGGACGAUGAGCACUCUGACAACAACCUCCGAGUUGGUCUGUUGGUGGUUGUCUCCUUCUUCUUGGUCAUCAGUAUCCUAGCCUUUCCUAAUGGGCCCUUUACCAGGCCUCACCCUGCAAUUUGGCGAAUGGUGUUUGGUCUCAGUGUUAUGUACUUCCUGUUUCUUGUCUUCCUCAUCUUCCUCAACUGGGACCAAGUAAAGAUACUGAUGUACUGGCUGGACCCAAACCUGCGCUAUGCCACACGGGAAGCCGAUGUCAUGGAAUAUGCUGUGAACUGUACAGUGAUAACAUGGGAGCGAAUCCUGAGCCACUUCGACAUCUUUGCUUUCGGACACUUCGCAGGCUGGGCCAUGAAGGCUCUGCUCAUCCGCAGCUACGGCCUCUGUUGGACCAUCAGCAUCACCUGGGAACUCACUGAGCUGUUCUUCAUGCACCUGCUGCCAAACUUUGCAGAGUGCUGGUGGGACCAGGUGAUACUGGACAUACUGUUGUGUAAUGGAGGAGGCAUCUGGCUGGGUAUGACCACCUGCCGGUUUUUGGAGAUGAGGACCUACCGUUGGGCCAGCAUCAAGGAAAUCCACUCCACCACAGGGAAGAUAAAGCGGGCCGUGCUCCAGUUCACCCCGGCCAGUUGGACUUAUGUGCGCUGGUUUGACCCAAAGUCCUCCUCUCAGAGGCUGGCAGGCAUCUAUCUCUUUAUGAUCCUUUGGCAGCUGACAGAGUUGAACACGUUCUUCCUCAAGCACAUCUUCGUCUUCCAGGCGUCUCACCCUCUCAGCUGGUGUCGUAUCCUCCUCGUUGGAGUCAUCACUGCACCCACUGUACGACAAUAUUAUGCUUACCUGACCGACACUCAGUGUAAAAGAGUUGGCACACAAUGCUGGGUGUUUGGGGCCAUUGCUUUCCUCGAGGCUCUUGCUUGUGUGAAAUUUGGUCACGACUUGUUUUCCAAGACACAAAUUCGAUAUGUGUUACUGUGGCUGCUCUGUCUGGCACUUAUCACACUUCUAUGUUUGUAUGGGAUGGUGUGGUAUGAGCAACAUAAAAUGAAGAGCACUUCUGUGCAAAGUGAGGACUGUGAUGACAGCAGUGCUGUCGACUCAUGUGGUUUUGUUCCAGAUGGCGUUGCAGCUCAGCGGGAUUCUUUGAGAAGUUUACAACCUACAAAACGAAGGAGAGCUUCUGCAAGGAACAGAUUUGUGAAUGGCCAUGGAGGAAAGAGACAAUAAGCAACACUGAUUCACAUCCUCUGUGAAAGAAUGAAGGUUACAGUCUUGAAAGCACCCAACAAGGCGAAUGCAGUACGCACUUAAAUUUACUGAAUAAUUAAAAGUUGCACCCAGGGUUUAAUAAAUCCUAGAGGGAAGGAAGCAGACUCACAUUGACAAGCCUUGAUAUAUUGUUUCUAAUGACUGUGGGAGUCAGAGGAAAAUCACACUUCAUAGACCUGAAGACUGCAGUGUACCAGCAGAUCUUUAAUACUCUAUGACAAGGACAAAAUUGGUUUUCUAUUUAAUAUUUUUAAACAGACCUUAAUAACCAUGGGAACAUGCACUGGACUGUGAAAUAAAAGGUGGCCUUAUUUGCACUGUAAAAACUAGCAUGGAAGCCUCAGCAUCGUCCUUCACCCAGUGUUUUUAGCUUUAAACUACUGACUGUAUGUGGGAUGCUUUGCACAGUGGGACAGGUUUAGUUUGUCCAGUCAGUGGUGUGUCGGCUUUAUCAGUGUGGUCUGAUUUACAAACCGUAUGUAUAGGUAACAGGCACGUUUUUGCACUUAACCUCUUUGACACCUCUUUGUUUUUAGUGUGCUAAAUUUCUUACUACACAACUAAAGAUUCCAGUUAUUGUUGUUUGUAACUUGAGUUGGGGAUUUUUAAUUGUUGAUUUAAUAUAUUUGUUUUUGUAUAAUAAUUGCCAAAAGUAGCCAAAUUUUUCACUUAACUAUGAUAUAGUAAGGCACAGGUACAUGCAGUACUAAAGGCUUUUAUUCAAUCACAUGCAUCACCAGAAAAGAUGAGAGGAGCAGCCAAGAGUUACUGAACCAUUUGUAGCCUUAUAUGUUAUUCUUACCCGUUUUAGCUUUCAUAAAUGUGGUUAUUGGAACUGUUGAGAUGUAAGUUAUUUUUGUAAUUUUGGUGUGUGUGUGUGUGUGUGUGUUUGCCGUUAGAGUGGUGAGUGGUGGAUGAUAGGUGUACUGACAGAAAAUACUGUGACAUUCAAUGCAAUAGCACUGUGGUGACAUUCAAUAGCAGAGGAUAAUCGCUUUUGUGAAAAUAUUCUUUUCAAAGUGUUUUUUUAGUAGUUCAACUUAAUGAAAUGUGACGUUAAUACAACACAGUAAGUGACUGGUCGACAUAAGCUCUUCCUAAUAUUGUUGAAUGAUGCUUUAUAGGUCAUCUUUAGUGUUAGUGUUUUACAAACUCCCAUUAGCUUGACCAAUGUUAGUAAGUUAAUGUUUACUUAUUGAAUUCAUAUUGAUGUUAUUUGAUUGAAACUUUUUUCAGCACUAACCUGCCUUGGUGAUUUUUAUCUUUUACAUCUACUUUUCUUAAAGUGUCAGACCACACUGUAUUUAAUAUAAAAUGUUUAAAAAUUGUUCAUUGUUGCCCACAAGUUGCUGCACAACUUAGUAUAACUGAUUUCUGAUUUUAUAUGGGUGGCUGGUUUGUUUUUGUACACAUAAUUAAAUGAUCACAUAUCA